AUGUCACUCAGAGUCCUAAUCCUCGGUAACGGUGGAAGAGAGCACACACUGGCGUACACGCUUGCUCAGUCAAAGCUAGUAGAAUCUAUCGUCGUUGCUCCAGGUAACGGUGGCACUGCGGAUAUCACAAAAUGUAAAAACUUUGAAUGCGGACAUUCACCCAAGGAUUUCAAUAAUUUGGUUAAAUUUGCAAUUGAGAAUAAUAUUAAUCUGGUCAUACCGGGUCCUGAGCAGCCCUUAGUCGACGGCGUUGAGGCUGGUAUCAGCGUCUUCGGUCCUUCACAAGCAGCUGCCCAAUGCGAAGGCAGUAAGACAUUUUCAAAGGAUUUCAUGGCUAGACACAACAUUCCAACUGCGGCUUUCAAGAAUUUUGACAAGUCUCAAUCCGCUCCAGCCAAGGAGUACGUUCAUCAGUCUUACUCAAACGGUAUUAGCCUUGUCGUGAAGGCAGACGGUCUUGCUGGUGGUAAAGGCGUUAUUAUCCCUCAAUCUGAACAAGAAUGUAUCAAUGAGGUUGAAAAUGUUCUUGAAAAGAAUCAAUUCGGAUCUGCUGGCUCUUCUCUCGUUCUCGAACAACUCCUCACCGGUCCAGAGCUCUCUGUUCUUGCUUUCACUGAUGGUUAUACCGUACACGCCCUUCCUGCAGCACAGGAUCACAAACGUAUCGGUGAAGGUGACACUGGUGGAAAUACUGGCGGAAUGGGUGCAUACACUCCUGCCCCUGCCGAAACUCCUCAAGUGCGCAAAGAAUGCCUCAAUAUUAUUCAAAACACCGUCACUGGCAUGCGCAAAGAUGGUUUUCCAAUGGUCGGAAUGCUCUUCACUGGUUUCAUGCUCGACCCAACUGGUGUCAAAGUACUCGAGUAUAAUGUCAGAUUCGGUGAUCCAGAAACACAAGCACUUUUGCGUCUUCUCUCACCAGAAUCUGAUCUCGCUGAGAUUAUGAAAGCUUGUGUUGACCGCCGCCUCGACUGUGUUAAGUUUUCCCUCAGAGAAGGUGAGCAUGCCGUAAGUGUCGUGCUCGCUUCCGGUGGUUAUCCCGGCAAAUACCCUACUGGCGUGCCAAUCAAAAUUAAUCAGCUUCCACAAGACGUCGUCGCGUAUCAUGCCGGCACUGCAAUUAAAGACGGUCAACUUGUAACCGCAGGUGGUAGAGUUCUCGCUGUAUCUGCAUUUGCCUCAACGCUGCAUGAAGCCCUCGAAAAAGCUUACAAAGGUGUAGAUGCUAUUCAAUUCGAAGGAAAGACAUAUAGAAAAGAUAUUGCUCAUAGAGCACUCAACGUUACGAGCGAAGAGGGCAUGACUUACGCUCAGGCUGGUGUCUCUAUUGAAGAGGGUAACAGACUCGUAGAUCUCAUCAAACCAACCGUCAAAGCUACAAAGAGAUCAGGAGCUGAUGCUGAUAUCGGUGGAUUCGGUGGUGCUUUCGACCUCAAAGCUGCCGGUUUUAAAGACCCUAUAUUAGUUUGCGCAACAGAUGGUGUUGGCACCAAGAUUAAGAUUGCCCAUAAUACCAAGAUCCAUGAUAGUGUUGGAAUUGACCUCGUUGCUAUGUCAGUCAACGACCUUAUCGUCCAAGGUGCUGAACCGCUCUUAUUCCUCGACUACUACGCCUGCUCCAAGUUGCAAGUCGAUGACGCAGCCGCUGUCAUCAAGGGUAUCGCAGAAGGGUGUAGGCAGGCAAACUGUGCUCUGAUUGGUGGUGAAACCGCUGAAAUGCCGAACAUCUACUCUGACGGUGAGCAGGGUACUAAUCGCGACGCCACUUACUUACCCACAAUAGAUGACUACGAUCUCGCUGGAUUUGCAGUCGGUGCUGUCGAACGUGGUGAAAUACUCCCAAAGAACAAUAUCAAGGCUGGUGACGUACUCGUUGGUGUCUCCUCAUCGGGUAUACACUCAAAUGGAUAUUCGCUCGUCCACAAGAUCAUUGCCCGUGUUUAUGGAAACGACGUAGAUUACCGCUGCGUAAAGGCUCCAUGGAGCGAGCGCGAGGGCUCUUUAGCGGAAGAACUCCUCACCCCGACUAAGAUCUACGUAAAGUCAACCCUCCCUGUUAUCAGACAGGGAUUAGUCAAGGGUAUGAGUCACAUUACCGGUGGAGGCUUCACCGACAACAUCCCUCGCGUACUACCAAAAGGCCUUGGCGCUGUCGUGGACGCUAGCAAAUGGAAACGUCCAGCUAUCUUUGACUGGCUUCAACAAAGCGGUCGUGUCGCUUCGAGUGAGAUGUCUCGCACAUUCAACAACGGUAUUGGAAUGGUAUUGGUAGUCGAUGCACAAGAUGCCGAUAACGUUGUCAAGGAAAUCAAAAAGACUGGUGAAAAUGAUGUACACGUCAUUGGUGAUGUCGUACAAGGUUCAGAAACGAGCGUUGUGAAUGUACAAGGAUGGGAGAAUGCCUAA